UCUACGCGGAACGGAAGCGAAUCCACGCUCCGCUGUGCAAUGUUUGAAAAGCGAUUGAAAUUUGAAAAUGCUUAGCACAAAAAUUAUCUGAAAGCUAUUUAAAUCACAGCAGUACUGCGUUUAAGUGUAAAGUGAUGGACGGGCUCUUCCAAAGCCACGAAAAGUGAAGCCCAAAUGGUGGGAAAGAAAAUGGCGGAGUAAACAACUACAAAAGCUACAACGUAAGCAGCGCGCAGCUUAAAACCAAAAAGAAGAAACAUUUUCGGCUGCUCGAAAUUAAUCUGGUUUUUAUGUUUUACUUUGUGGCGCGCGCGUCGCAGACAUAAAAUAAAAGACGUCGGACCGUAUCAGUGUAUGUGCAUGUGUGUGUGAGCGCGAGUGUUUGUUUGACCCCCCCUCUCCCUAUUUCACCCGGUUUGUGUUUGUAGAAAAUGUCAUAAAAACGUGAAAUUCAUUAGGCGACAAACAACAGCAACAACAAUUGUUUACAUUUUCGCUGCGCCUGUAAUUUAUGACAAAAAAGAGAGAUAAUUAAAAGCUGGAAAAGAGUCUACUCUACGUUUGAUUUGUUAAAAGAGUCGGACAAAGUACGGCCCCGGGGGCCAGUAGAGGCCCAUCAUGCAUCGUUCCCUCAAGCCGCAUGCGUCCACGGCACAAGCUAAGAAGGUUCAACCGCCAACAAUUCCUGGGGAUCCGCUGCAGCAGCAUCAGCAGCAGCAUCACCAGCACUACCACCCACUCCAGCAGUUGCCUUCAUCGCCCAGUGGAGGCAACCACCAGCCGCUGAUACCGCUGUACCGGCUUAGCGGACCACUCCGCCACCACCACCAACAGCAGCAGCAGGCGGACGAUGGGAUCAGCAUGAGUGGCAGCAGCAUUGUCUCGUCGCCCUCGCUGGAAGAGGGCGGCUUCAAUCUGCCGCGCGAGACGAGCGUGGCCCUGCGUAUGAAGGAUGAGGCGGGUGGUGCGCCCACAGCGGCCGUGACUCCGGCUCCACCGGCCGCCGGGAAAACCUCCGCCCCGCUGCCCAGCAUUGUGCCAUGCCCGCCGCCCGUUUUUUGUGCCACGUUGCGAGAACCGCUGACCCACAAGGCGGCGGUCUACUACCACCAGCAGCUAGCUCUGCAGGAGGAUCAGGGCAUCGAUCUGACCCAGUCUCCGGGACGCGACUCGCCCGGCUCCUCGUCGGGAUCGGCGGGCUCCGGUUCGCGGCACAGCACCGCCAGCCUGGACUCCGGUCGUGCCUCUUCCUACCUGACGGGAGUCUCCUCGUCGGGCGCCUCCAUACGGGCCCCGCUUUCCUCACCCCGUUGCAGCUCCGUCAGCUCCUGCUCCAUCGGCAGCGUGGACCGGCAGCGCAACGAUGAGCUGAUCAUCGACUGGCUGAUGGAGAUGAAGCACGAGGAGUACGCCCAGCUGUUCAUUGCCGCCGGCUACGACUUGCCCACGAUCGCCCGCAUGACCCCGGAGGAUCUCACCGCCAUUGGUAUCAAGAAUCCGCACCAUCGCGAACGCAUCAAGCAGCGCAUCGACAAGCUGCAAGUGCUCGACAAUCUGCCCCACUUUGUGCCGGGUUCUAUCGAGGAAUGGCUGCAGCUGUUGCGGCUGGAGGAGUACAUACAGCCCCUGUUGGAGCAGAACUACAAGACGGUGCGCGAUGUGACCCAAGUGACAUGGGAGGAUCUCGAGGAUAUUGGCAUCGUCAAGCUGGGCCACCAGAAGAAGAUCCUGCUGGCCAUCAAGCGGGUCAAGGACAUCAUUAGCGGCAAAUGGAAUCCAGGCGGUGCCAAUGCAUACCAACAGCAGGAGUACCAGCGGAAGCCAUGGCAAUUUAAUGUGCCCAUACCAAGUACGCCAUCCUAUGUGCCAACCACUCGCGUCUCCUGGGACGACACGAAAAUCUAUGCCACCAGCAAUGUGCUGAAUGCCACUGCCCCUGCGGGCAGCCUGUGCCUGGGGCAGGGGAGCAGCAGUAGCGGCAGCGGCAGCUGCAGCAGCAGCAACAACGGAGAUGCCUACUACUGCACGGGCAGCAAUCACGAGUGUUGCUCGGGCAACGAUGUGGUGCUCAUUAAGGUACGUCAGCCACGUGGCAAGAGCCUGGAAUCGCUGGAGGACAUACACGACAACAGCACCCGCAGCCAUUUGACCUUUAGCCAUUACACGACCACGGACUACGGCCACUUUGGGCCACCCACAACGGCAGCGGCUGCCGCAGCCAUGGCCGCUGCAGCCACGCUCCAGCAGCAGCACCACCAUCAGCAACUGUUGCAACAGCAGCAGGCGGCGGCAGCCCGUUUACUGGGGAGCAAUGCGGCAGCCAUGGCCUGGCGGCGCUCCUACGACGACGGCGACAUUACACCCACCAAUGAUGCCACACGGGAGCUGCUCUACGAGGAAGGUGGUGGCACAUUGCCGCGGCAGCAGCGUGGAAUCCUGCAGAGAGCCGUGCUGAACACGAUGCCACCCUUGGAGCAUCAUCACUAUAUGAAUGCGGCGGCGGCAGCCGAGUACGGGGCAGCCAGCGGCGGCGAAGGAGGAGCGAACUAUCUAAGUGGCAGCCCGUUGAGUGGAAAGAAGAUUGCACCAGAGCCGCCCCGACGGCACUGCAGCAUACGCAACUCCCGCACGCUGAGCGGAGAGGGAGGUGCAGCCGGCUCAGUCCAACAGCCCCAGCAACAGGCAGUGGGCUCCCAACAGCAGCAGCAGCAGCAGGCGCAACAAAUGUUCUACUGGCAGCAACAGCAGGCAGCGGCCGCAGCAGCCGCGGCAGCGGGCAGCCAACAGCCGAUCUAUGCGAACUAUGCCACCAUACAGCAGACCACGGCGGAGAUACACUGCGAGAAAUACCACGACAAUAAGUCCACUUCCAGUAUCGAUUCGAUUGACACGAUACCGUUUGCCAACGAGAACACGGGCACGAUCAAGCAGCGGCAGUUGAACCGGCAAGAGUUGGGACAGGCCAGUGCAGGCGCCACAACCCUUCCCGGCAGCCAUCCACCCCACCUGCACUCCUCCAGCUCCAGUUCCAGCUCCUCCUCAACCAACACUAUUGCCAACAUUGCGCACUCGUUCCACUCGCUCAAAUCUUCGAGUUCGCUACACGACGCUACUCUGGCGCGGAGCGAGAGCAUGGGCAGCACGGCCAGCGGAGGCAGUGCCCUGCAUCUGCGCUCCCCCACCCUGGACGCAGGCGCAGGAGGGGGAUCGUCAGCGUCAAUGCCAGCGUGCGGCGGCGGUGGCGGCGGCGAUGCAAUGGCUUCGCCCGAGACAGCUGCCCCAGUGACGAGUGUGCCGCCGAAGGUGUCGGUGAAUGUGCUGAACGAUAUUGGCAACAUGCUGGCCAAUCUCACGGACGAGCUGGACGCCAUGCUCGAGGAGGAGAAGCGUGUGGGCCUCAACAUUGACAGUGAAUGAGCGGAGCGAAUAAAUAUAAUUAGCAGUUUCCUUAUGAUUCAACACAAUCAACACUCCAAUCAAACAUCAACAAAUCGUAGUGUAGCUGAAUUUUUGGGUAGAACUUGUGACGUGUUGUGUCCCUUUGAUGUGUUUUAUGUACUUUAAGUUUAAAUUGUUUUACACAAUUUUCAUUGUUUUUUUUUUUUUAUACAAAUCUGCGUAUGAAGAAGGAUCGUACCCCAUUGUGGGGCGGGGAAUAAGAAAAACUAAAACUUAUGGAUGAGAUAUGUAUACUUUUGUACUUUCCCCUUUCUAUGAAUGUUGUUAACAAAAACGAAAUAAUGGAUAUAUCUAGACGGAACGAUGAAUCAAGCGCAAAAUGCAUAUAUGCAGACCUUGCAUAGUUAAUAUCUAGCGUAAAAUAUAUAAAUCGAUAUAUAAAUAAAUAUUUAAACGAAAACAUUUAUAUGGGCAAGUAUUUAGUGGUUUUGAUACUAUAUACUGCAGCAAAGGCAACAAAUGAACCACAAGGCACACACUUAAACACACACAAAUCAUAGAAAAGAAAGAACUACUACUACGAAAUCCCCUUCAGACAAUUACAAAUUGCAUUUAUCAGUCAUUUUUUUAAAUUUAAUUAUUGACAUAACGAGUAUGUUCAAUUUUUGUUGAAAACAGCAGCCCGCACAGACAUUCUUCUGUUUCGUUAUGAUUACAACUGAAAUCAAACUAUAUAAAGUGAAUGUAUAAUUAAGUGUUAUUCCAUACAAAGUAAAAAGAUGCAUUAUAUAAAAUAUAAAUCUUAUAUUAGCGUUAUAUUAAGCAAAAGAAUGAGACAAACCCCAAGCGAAAAGGUUUGGAAGAAGAGCAGAGAAAUUGGGGAAGACGAAUUGAUCUUUAUAAAUUAUGUUUACUGCGGGCAUGAGUGCUGAAUAGCAUUUAGAAUUCCAAUGAAUCGCCUUCUUUUCAUCAUUAUAAUUUACUUAAAUAAAAAUGUUGUAGCAAACAAAUCUAUCUUUUGAGUUGUAUUCUUAUACGUUUUCGGUUUUCUAUUUUCUGUUAAUGGCGCGGAGUGAAAAAUUAGUUGUGUGCGCAUAUCAUUAGUAAAUGGAAAUUGAGUAUUCGACUUAUAAACGCAUAUAAAGAAACGUAAACGAAAUA